GCCGGCGAAUAAUAGAAGGGAAAUUAGAAGCUUCUCUAGCCGUCUAGCCAUGUCGUACUUCCAGCCUGAUAGCUCCCAGGAGCCUCCCAGGGACCAGAUAAACGUGGACUUUCUCCUGCCGACUGGUAUCCUGAUCCCUCUGGCGUGUCGAGCGUCCCAGAAGCUGGAGGAGAUCAAGGAGACGUUAUGGCGGAGGGCCAAGGAGUUCCCUCUCUUCGGGCUUCUCAGGGGACGUGAAUGGUACACUCUGGUGUUUGUUAACCGCAAGGCAGAGCAGGAGUCUUGCCACAACGAGGAGAUUCCUCUGGCCGAUGUCAGCUACUAUAAGCCGCUGUUCAAGGUGGUAGAAAAGAAGGAGGACGGAGAGGACAAACUUUUUGCCAAUAGGAUAGGGAUCCUCAUCGACAAGUCAAUGAAGGAAUUUGAGAGUGUCAGAGAUCCCGAGGUGAACGACUUCCGUCUGGCCAUGAUUGACAGGUGUCAGUCUGCCGUGGAGAUCCGUAACCAGGCAAUGUGGGAGCAGAAGGUGAUGUAUCUGUAUCCGCCCGACGUGGAAAGUUCCGGAGACAUCUCCUCUCUGGUUCAAGACAAACUGAACCCUCAGAACCAAUUCUUUGUCCACGUGUUUGCCAUGACAGCUGAGAAGAGAGAGCAGAAAGGUCAGAGGUUUCUGCUGCCGGCGCAGCCCAAAGACACACCCUCUGACCUCCUCGGCAUUGCUCUCAAGAGAUUCAACAGAGCUCAGGGCAUCGAGGAACAUAAUCCCGAUGAUUACAUUCUCAAGGUGUGUGGAUAUGAGGAGUAUCUCCUAGGAAACUACCCUCUGGUCAAGUACAGGUGUAUCAACCGUAUGAUAGGGAAGGGAGCACAGCCAACUCUGAGUCUCGUUCCAAAGACGUCCAUCAAAAUUGACUUUCCGGUCGAGAAAUACAUACCCCCCAACCUGGCUCGCCGCGAGAAACCAAAGACCAAAGAAGGAGAUGUGGUCAGUCUGUGGAGUGUGGACGAGAAGCUGGAGAUCAAGGUGGACAGUGCCGGGAACCUCAACGUCGGAAAAGACGCCUCUAUCAUGGUAGUAGCAGGGGUUUACCAUGGCGAUGAGUCACUCUGUCAGAACGGACAGACCAGACCAUUACACCUUGAUGGAGGUCUCUCUCUCUCAUUCAUUGUCUUUCUCUCACCCUCUCUCCGUUAUUUUCUCCGUUUCUUGUUAAAAUUACGUGUCUUUUAUUGACGAAUUCAUAGUAAAAUUCAACGUUCAAUCGUCCUUUCUCUUGUUCUUCCUCUCCCUUCUGUUCUUCACUUCAUCCAUUCUUUCUCUCUUCCCCCAUGUUCUUCAUCUCUUCUCUAUAUUACUUUCUCUCUCUCUCUCCCCUCUCUCUCCCCCCUCUCUCUCCCCUCUCUCUCUCUCCUCUAACGCAGGAGAACCGAUGGGUAUAUGGAGGUGGAAUGAGAACAUAGUGUUCGACAUACUGGUGACAGACGUCCCGCGAGGAGCCAGACUCUGUCUCGCAAUAUACGCCGUCUACGGCAGCAAGAAGAAGAAGGCCAAGACAGGGAAAAACGAGGCCAAAGGAGAGAAGGUACCACUGGCAUGGGUGAACCAGCCUCUCUUUGACUACCGCAACUACCUCAAGACUGGUUCUGUCACCCUACCUUGCUGGCCCAUGAGCCCUGAGGACAGUAUGGAGGGUCUUCUUAACCCCAUUGACACAGUAAUACUGAACCCCAACACGCAGGACUCGCCGUCCAUAAAGAUAAUGUUCAGAGACUAUGUGAAGCCACCGCAGAAGAUAAGAUUCCCAGAGCUGGCAGCCGUCCUUGAGGUCGCCUCUCAGGAAAUGGCCAAGUACAACCACAGCCACGACAGAGCUAUACCAGCCGUGAUGAAGAAACAACUGAUGGACGUCGUCCAGAGGGGACCUCUCGCAGCCAUCGAUGAACUCGAGAAAGACCUCAUCUGGAGAUUCAGGAUGCAUCUACUGGAGCAGCACCCAUCCUCCCUACCUCGUCUCCUGGCCUCAGUCAGAUGGCACCAGUACAAGGACGUGGCACUGUUGCAGUCAAUGUUGUUGGCAUGGAGACCGCUCCAGCCGGAGGAUGCCCUGGAGCUCCUGGACUAUGCCUAUCAGGACCCCAAUGUCAGGGCCUACGCCGUCAGAUGUCUCAGGGGACUUACAGAUGCUGAGCUGUCACAGUACCUACUGCAACUGUGUCAGACCCUGAAGUAUGAGAGUCACUUCGACUGUCCGCUGGCACAGUUCCUCCUCGACAGAGCCUGGAAGAACAGACGAAUUGGUCACAACCUCUUCUGGCACCUCAGGUCAGAGAUGCACACACCACAGGUGUGUCUGAGAUUUGGUCUCAUUCUGGAGGCAUAUCUGAGGGGCACCCCCAAUCACAUGACUGAGAUCACCAGACAGUUGGACUCUAUGAACAAGAUGAGAUGUAUCACUGAACUACUGCAGAGUAGAGCCUUCAAAGACAAGGAGAAAGGGAAAGAUGCAAUGAGAGACCUCCUCUCUCAGAAAGGCUAUCAGCAAGUCAUGUGCAACGGAAUCACAAUACUCAACCCUAAACUCAGAGUUGGAGGCCUAAAAGUUGAUGAGUGUCGUUUCUAUGACUCCAAAAUGAGGCCACUCCUACUGGUCUACGAGAACCCUGACCCCUCGGCUCUCCUGCAAGAUGUGCACAUCAUCUUCAAGAAUGGAGACGAUCUGCGUCAGGACAUGCUGACCCUUCAGAUCAUUGGAAUCAUGGACAACAUCUGGCAGCAGCAGGGACUGGACCUCAGGUUGUUGCCGUAUGGAGCACUGUCCACAGGGAACAAAGUGGGGUUCAUUGAGGUCGUGAGAAAAUCGGAAACCAUCGCCAACAUACAGAAGAUGGAGAAAGCAAACUCCACUAAAAGGAUCGGGCUAUGGGACAGCAGCCUCCUCUACUACUGGCUCAAGAAGAAGAAUGCCGUGGAGCAACAGUUCCAAAAAGCUGCAGAGACCUUCUUCCUCUCAUGUGCCGGCUACUGCGUUGCCACGUACGUCCUGGGCAUUGGAGAUCGUCACUCUGACAACAUCAUGAUCACCGAGGGAGGCCAGCUAUUUCACAUCGACUUCGGACACUUCCUCGGCAACUUCAAGGUAAAGUUUGGAGUAAAGAGAGAGAGGGUCCCGUUCGUCUUGGCCCACGACUUUGAAAUCAUCAUCGAGAAACACUUUGGCUUUGACAAGUUUGUACGACUGUGUGAAGAUGCCUAUCUGAUCCUGCGUCGCCAUGCCAGCCUGUUCAUUAACAUGCUAGCCAUGAUGCUGCAGACUGGUAUACCAGAACUACGCUCCAUCGACGACCUCAACUACGUCAGAGAUGCCCUGGUGCUGGAGGUGACAGAGAAGGAGGCCAGGGAACACUUCAUCCACAAACUGCAGGAGGCACGUCGCAACGCCUGGUUCACCAGUCUAAACUGGUACGUCCACGGACUGGCCAAAGACAACAGAGCUUGAUCAACUCGACUUCAUAUCAUCUCCCAAAACUUGAUUAUCAUGUCAUUUCUCUCCAUGUGUGUUCCUUUUCACAAUGCAGCCAAUUAUUAUGCAUGCGUCUCGGUAACGUAAGCACGUACUUACGUAGCGUAAAACGCACGUGAACUCUUUGACGAGUACUGAAGGAUGGAGGUGGCGGAGGGAGAAGUUCCGACUGCCGCCAAGCUCCGCAAGCUGCGGGUAGUUGACCUGAGGAAACGUCUGCAGAGUGUUGAGCUUCCGCAGUCAGGCAACAAGGAAGAACUGAUCGGCAGACUGCGACAGUACUAUGUCGACCAGCAAGCAAAGAUAGAGAGCGAAGCUAAGGAGGCAGAGGAAGAGGAUAUGGCGGUAGAGGAAGGUGGGACGGAGGAGAAGGGAGGACAAGAUGAAAGUGGGAGCAUAAAAACGAGAAGGAGAGGGAGGGGAGAAAGAAGAAGAGAGUGAGGGAGAAGAGCCAGAGGGAGAGAAAGGAGAGGAGAUGACGGUAGAGAGAGGGGAGGAGGAGAGACAGGGGGCAGUGGAGGAGGGAGAGGGAAGAGGAGUAAAGGAAGAAAAAGAAGAUGAAGCAGUGAUCAAAGAAGUAGAAGACAUGCAGACUGAACCAGUGAUUGAAACAGCUCCUUCUGAGCAGGCAACGCAGCCAGCAGAACCUCAACAACCUAAUACUACAGUUGGUGACGGCAGUGAUGGUGUGGCUGCUGGUGAGAAGUCAGUCACUGGUGCUCCUCCUGGUACCAGUGAGGCAAUGGAGAGAGAAGAGGAGGGGGCAGGAGGGAAGAAAGAUGGAAAGAAGAUGGGGGACAAGGCAGAAAUUGAGCCCACCACAACUGAAAGCAAUGUUGAUAAGCCACCUCCGGUAACACGACGUCUGAUUACUAUUCAGACAGUGCUCGAGAGGACCAUCCACAGAUUGCGCAGCACCAUCCGCCAACUGCGCAGGACCAUCUGCCAACGGUGCAACCUACAACUGUCCCAGUUUCACCCACUCCUCGUGCAGCCAAAGAGAAAACCAAAACUCCAGUUGCCGUGGGGAAGAAACCACCUGUGGCAGAGCCGGAGAAGAAAACUGAAGAGCCGAAGGGGAAGAAGAAGAAAAAGAGGAGGAGACGUCGUCGUCACAACCAGGGGGCGGAGUCAGGGGGUGUGGUCAAGGAGGCCGAGAACGAACCACCUGAAGUGGAGAUCGAGUAUGUGCAGGAGGACGUUUUACAACCUGGAGACGCACACUACAAACAGUUUCACAAGAUAUUUGAGGCCUUCAAGCUCUCCGACGACUCUGAAGACACGCCCAAAGCCACACCCACCAGCCAUAUCCCUGACGACGACUCGAUGUCGAUUGCCGCCAAAUCCUCUGCUGCUCAGAAGAAGCAGAGAGAAGAGGAAUCAGAAGAUGACGAAGAGGAGCCCGAGGAACCGGCGAAGUUGUCGAAGAAGAAGUUGAGAAAGCUGAACAGACUGAGUGUGGCUCAGUUGAAGCAGCUGGUGGACAGACCUGACGUGGUGGAGAUGCACGACGUCACUGCUCAGGACCCAAAACUACUCAUACACCUCAAGUCCACCAGGAACACUGUCCCCGUGCCUCGUCACUGGUGCUUCAAGAGGAAAUACCUCCAGGGAAAGAGGGGGAUUGAAAAACCUCCGUUCAACCUCCCUGACUUCAUCAAGGCCACGGGGAUCAUGGAGAUGAGACAAGCUCUGGAGGAGAAGGAAGACGCCAAGAGCCUGAAACAGAAGACGAGAGAGCGGGUGCGGCCAAAGAUGGGGAAACUCACCAUCGACUACCAGAAACUCCACGAUGCUUUCUUCAGGUGGCAGACAAAGGCCAAGAUGACAAUCCACGGAGACCUGUACUACGAGGGAAGGAGUUUGAGACUCGUCUGAGGGAGAAGAAACCGGGAGACCUCUCUGACGAGCUGAGGCGAGCUCUCG